AUGGUAUUUGGUCGUAACCCCGAGGCUAACGUCCGGCAACUAGAGGCGGCGUGGGAAACGUGUCUACGAUGGGCCGACAGUCGGGGGAUGAAGUUUGCCCCGGAAAAGAGCGAGCUCAUCCAUUUCAACAAGGGACGACGGCAGUGGACAAACGAGCUAAACCUCACUAACCCAGGGGGGGGCACCAGCCCCGUCAGGCCGACGGAGUCUGCCAGGUUCCUGGGAGUCUGGCUGGACCGGAAGCUCAACUGGAAAGCCCACCUUGCGGCGGUGGAAAAGAAAAUGAAGACCCAGAGCUACGCACUGUCGAGGAUAGCGGCGAAAACGUGGGGACCAGGGCUAGCCAAAGCGCGAGAAGUGUACACAAAGUGCAUCCGGUCAGCGCUGGCCUACGGCGCAUCGUCGUUUCACAUCCCCGCGGACGUGGAAGGCGAGCCGGUAAAGAAAGGCAUCACCGGGGCCCUCGGGAAGGUCCAGAACAAGAGCUUGCGGAUUGUGGCGGGAGCCUUCAAAGCCACUCCCAUUCGCAACCUCGAGACGGAGACGUGGGUGCCACCGUUAGACCUGUAUUUCAACAAACGGCUUGCAGACUUUGAAAUCAGACUCCAGCGAACCGACCUGGACGACGGCCAGGGCGGCAAGAGGACCGCAGGGGGCAUCAUUCUCACUGCCUGUCGCAAGAUACAGCAGAGGCUCCGUCCCGAGGAGCGGCAACAGGGGCCGGCCGCGAACCGUGGGACUGCAAGAGCCCACGGCAGUGGAGAAAGCCGCGAGCACGAUCGCGCGCUGGACGGGGGGAGCCGCAGACACGGACAGUGUGGUAGAGGACGCCUGGAGAGCGAGGUGGCUGAAGGAACGAGACGGCAGAGCAGUCAUCAGACCGGCGGACGACCUUGA